AUGGCGACAGAAACGCAAGAGCUUCUGAAAGAACUGCAGGCGCAAUUUGCCGCCCAGGGUCAGCAAUUGGACAACGAGAGCUUGUUCAAUUUGGUACGGCAGCUUCAGGAUAGAGACCAGCAUGACUGGUGUGAAGCAGCUGGCCAGUCAGAGCCUUUAACGACACGGCUGAAGAAUCUCCUUAAGGACUAUCCAGCUGAUGUUGGGCUUUUUAAGGAAAUGGUACAGAAUGCAGAUGAUGCGGGCGCAACUCGUGUCCACUUUGUGUGGGAUGCCCGCAAAUUGGGAAGAGAGAGUCUUCUCUCCCCCGAAAUGGCAGCUUGGCAGACCAAUUGCUUGUGGGCCUACAACGACGCAUUGUUUACAGAACAAGACUUUGAGGCCAUUUGCAGACUUGGUGUUGGAGGAAAGAGGAGCAGCUCCGAGCGCAUUGGACGCUUUGGUCUUGGCUUCAAUUCAGUGUACAAUCUCACUGAUGUCCCCAGCAUUCUUAGUGAUUCGAUGGUCUUGUUCCUGGACCCUCAUGUGUCCCACCUUAGUAAGAUGGGGGCCUCAACGCAAAAGCCUGGUAUCAAGCUCCGUUUCUUGAAAGUGAAUGUAUUGGAUCGCUUUCGCGAUCAAUUCGCGCCCUACCACAACUUGCUAGGUUGUGAUCUUGAAUCUUCGAGCCCCUUUAAGGGGACGCUGAUUCGCAUUCCCUUUCGGACCAAAGAGUCCGCUGCCAAAAGUGAGAUCUCACAGAUCAUCGUGUCCGAGGAGAUGGUGAAAGCAUUGUCUCUGCAGUUCAAAGCCGAGGCUUUUCAGUGGCUUCUUUUUCUUCAGAACGUACAGGAGAUUUCCAUGUCUCGGCUGAUGAGCGACACCGACUCAGCUGUCUCGGUGCGUUUAGAGACCGUCUUUUCAGUGUCUCUGGGCAGAGCAUUGCUCACCAAAAGACCAAGCCUGGUGACGUGCGGAAGUUCUGGUCGUGGCACCACGGUCUCCAUGCAAUUGGAGGUUCUUUGUAGCGAGGACACGGCGGAGGACACGGCCACGAAGAAAUAUCAUCUCUUCACUCAAACUCAGCAUGGCUUUCGCUCGCGUGUAUGUUUGGCAGUGCCACUGCGCGAUGCAGAGGCCGGUGAGGCCUGGUCUCAUGAUGAAGUUGGACGAGUCUUUUGCUUUCUACCACUUCCACGCAACAUAGAUCUUGGACUGCGAUUGCAUGUGCAUGCACCCUUGAAUAUGGCCCAGGAUCGGCGAAGCGUGUUGCUGGACGAGCGGAUUGGAGAGUCGGAACAGGAGUUGGUGCGGCACAAUUUCAAACUCCUGGAUGACUUGAUCCCGCCCUUUGGCUCAGUUGAUUUGGCCCUGAAGCGAAAUCAGAUGCCUCCCUCGCACUUCUUUUGGCUGUUCCCCGUGUUGCACAGCAGAACAAGAAGUCAGGGGAACCCAGCAGACCGAAUUGCACAGACCUUCUAUGCCAGGCUUCUGGCAAGUGGAGCAGCGUCAUGCCCACUGCCGGUGGCUGCACCUGCAAGCAAUCGGAAGCAGCAGACUCGUAUGGAUGCACCGCCAGCCUACUGGGUCAAGGUCUCUGACUGCAUUUUUGUGCCGUCGGGCAAGGAAGCUGAGCACGUUGCGCCAGCAUUACUUGACUCUGUGGUUGAAUGUUUGCUGCGCUGCGGAAUCCAGUUGGUAGAUGCACCAGUCAAAGUGCUUGAGUCACUAAUACAUUCCCAGGCCGGUCCAGGAACGAAUGGAGCUUUGACCAUUCUGACCCCCGCCUGGCUUCGACAACGCUUGCGCUCGGAGGGUAGCAUGCAGUCUCACGCCCUCAACCGAACACCUGCGGUGGAUCUUUUUGGUCAACUCACACCAACUGAUGUGGCGGACCUCUUGGAAUUUGCCGUGAGUGAUGGUGAGAUGGCCGACCUCCGCGGAGUUCCUCUUCUCAUGUGUGAGGAUGAGACGAUGGUACAUCCCUUUGCCGAGUCGGGCAGCACGGUGUUUUUUCCACAAACGCCCCUUGAGCGGCGGCUCUUCCCCAGCAAGGACGGCCGAAAGCUGGUCUUGGCCACCAAGUUUGAAGCGCGCCCGUUACUUUGGGCCAAAUUCAAGCAACUGGCGCACGCAGGGCAAACAGUGGCCGGCUUGCCUGGCGAAGCCCGAAGUUCGGACACCAAGGAGACCAGGCAAGAGCGUCAAGCGGAAACAGCAAAGGCGAGCCUUGGCAAAAAGGCUUUCCAAUGUCAGUUCGUGACAUUUCCCUUGCUCGUCAAGGCGCUGCAAAUGCUCCUUCCGAAGACGUGGAACAAUCCUGUCCCCCGCAUCCCCCUGCGUGACUACACAGAAUGGGUGGAAGACUGGUUGCAGGCCAUGUGGAAAUGGCUGGAUGAAAAGGAGGUGGAUCUCUUCCAGAUGGUUCAUUGGCCUUUGAUUCCCAGUGUAGGUGAGAAUGUUGAUCUGGUACGUAUCCCGGAGCCUCACAAGUUGUUUCCCAAGCCCAAGGGGGAUAUCCACAUCCGCCACCCCCCUCCUCCGCCUCCAAGAGGGCAGGCGAGUGCAGCAACACCCAGCCAACCCACAAGUGACACAAGAGCGAAAGCAGAGGCAAGUGUUUGUGAGCCGACGGAGCCUUUGCCUCUCCGAGGAGCUGAUGAUGAUUCAGAACCUGCUAAGCUCGCACUGGUCCAGGAGCUUCUCCAAACCCGCCUUCACUGCAGACCAAUCUAUGAACCCACCUGGCUCUCACAACAUCAUGCCAAGCAGCUGCGAACCUGUGUUCAUGCAUCGUCUCCUGAAGGACUUCUUCGGAGCAUGCAUUUUGCUUCCAGGAUCCUUUGUGCAUGUCAGCCCAAACCCAUGACCCCAUCACAGGCACUGCACAUGUCUCUCAUUGCUCGUGAGCUGAGUCCAAAGGCUGUGAGUGCCUUGCUGUUUGUCGCGACUCGAGUUCAAAAAGAGGGCUGCAGCUGUGAGGUCGAUGGAUCGAACGGAAGCUGGAAAUGCAAAUGUGAGGUGCUUCGAGGCUUGCCCAUUCUAUGCAGAUUCAAUCAAUCAAAUCAGCAUGUCUCCUUGUCAGGAACAGGGGAAAGUCAGGACUUCUGGGUUUUGCCAGAGACGUGCCCACAAGUGCUAGCAGCACUUCGCGCUGCGCAGGUUGAUUUGCGAACCUGCACAGAGAUUCCAGACAAGGUGCUUGCAACAUUGAGUGCUUCUGAAAACUUGGCAGUUUCCUCUCUUUUGCGAGAACUUUCUCUUCCCCGAUUGAAGUGGUCGGAACUGCUUUUGAAGCAUGUUUUUCCCUGGGCAGCCAACAAGUCCAAGGACCCAUCGGUACGUCAAGCUUUGAUGCGUGCGGUUGUUUACCAUUGGCGCGAUAUGGAAUUAACUGGCCAAAGUUCUUGUACAGAGGCCUUACAACACAUUCCAUUCAUCAGCACUCUUGGCGGUAGCAUGUUGUCGGCUGCAGAAGCCUUGGACCCUGCGGUUGAGAAGUUACUCGCACUCUACGGUCCUGGUGACAUCAAAGGUCCCUUCCCGGAAGCAAGAUGGCAAUCUGCCGAAUGCCGAGCUGUUUUGCAGUAUCGAAGUGACCUGAGCUACCAAGAGUUAAGUGAAAGACUUGGUUUCUUGCAUCACCUGGAAGUGGAGCGCCGGGAAGAUUCCUCCGCGUGCGCACACGGAGCAGGAAGGAGCACAUCUGCACCUGAGGACGGUCCCGUCCCAAAGGCGGUGGUGACUGUCGCGCAUGCUUUGCUUCGCUAUGUGUGCGAAACCGUCAGCCCUGCCAUGGCUGAAAAGGAUCAAGACGGUCAGCCGCCAGCAGACAGGGAUGGUCUUUGGGGCAUGUUCAGUGGAAUCCUCGGGGAAGUACGACCCAAAGAGCUGGCCAAAGGGGCACGUUUCUCUGAGGAUGAGCUGAUGUCGAUUCAUUCCAAGCUUCGGCGAUGCUUUUGGCUGCCACCUCUGGCGGCACCAAGUGGCUGGCCAGCCGAUGCUCCUUGGAAAGGCUCAUUGUGUGGACUUUGUUCAGCAGAGGAGGCGCAGACACCUUUGUCAUGA